GCUUAAGCUGUUUUUCGGGUUGGGGCCCUUGGGGGGCGGGAGGUGGGGCUCGGACAUGGAUGACCUGCUGUUCCAAUUGCUGUAUGGAGUCGGCCAAAUGGCCCACCUCUGGAUUUCCGGGGAAGCUUCGGGACCUGAUUAGCCCUGUGGGGACAAAGCACGACAUGACGGACCCUGGCUGGCCAGCAGCUCCGACAAUCGCAGCUUUCAGGAGUCGAGUUCUUUCUGGUCUUUCUGCCCGGACUUCCUGGGACCUUGCGGCAGCCAACCCAUUUACACAAUAUUUCUGGUUGAGCCGUUUCGGAUCCUCCGGCGACCACUAAACCCCCAGGAGUUGUCAGCGCUAUGUCGUUAUUACCAUAAGGCUUCGUCUGCACCACUUUUCUGCCUCUCGCUCGGCUUGCCUCGGCGCGCCGCCGUCGCAUACAUUGACCGUGUGCGCUCAGUCAUCAACACGGCACCAACACGCGGGCCACCAGCUGGUCUUGGAGACGUUUACUUUGUUCGAACCCGUUUUCCUGUGGAAUUGAUUUGUGCCUCUUGUAUAAACAUCGGUUGAAUUCGCCCGAAUGUCAACCACAACAGGGGCUUUCAUCGCAGGCGGCAUCGCCGCCUGUGGCGCCGUUACAGUAACACACCCCUUCGAGACGGUAAAGAUCCGCAUGCAACUCCAAGGAGAGCUCCAGGACAAGGGACACCAGCCACACCACUACCGAGGCCCUAUUCACGGAGUUUCGGUCAUCGUACGGAACGAGGGUCUACGAGGCAUCUAUCGAGGUCUAGGGACGGCAUACACAUACCAGAUUCUACUCAAUGGCUGCCGGCUGGGCUUUUACGAGCCCAUGCGCAAGAUGAUCACAUCAGUUAUCUUCAAGGAUGACAAAGUCCAGUCGCUUGGUGUCAACAUGUUCUGCGGUGCCGGGUCCGGUGUGUUAGGUGCCAUGGCCGGAAGUCCCUUCUUCCUAGUCAAGACACGAUUACAAAGCUACUCGCCAUUCCGGCCCGUUGGUACACAGCACAAGUACCGUAAUGCGUUUGAUGGACUGCGACAAAUCUAUACGGCUGAGGGUGUCCGAGGCCUCUACCGCGGCGUCGACGCGGCAAUGAUCAGGACGGGCGCAGGGAGUUCAGUGCAACUUCCGACAUACUUCUUUGCGAAGAGGAGGCUGAUGAAGCACGCGGGCAUGGAAGAGGGCCCUGCCCUGCAUCUGACCAGCAGCGCUAUCAGUGGCUUCGUCGUCUGCUGUUUUAUGCACCCCCCAGAUACCGUCAUGUCGCGUCUCUACAACCAGCACGGGAACCUGUACAACGGCGUCUUGGACUGUUUAUCCAAAACUGUGAGAACCGAGGGCUUCUUUGCGAUCUACAAAGGCUUCCUGCCUCACCUGGCGAGGAUAUUACCACACACUAUCUUGACCUUGAGUUUAGCAGAACAGACGAAUAAGCUCGUCCGUAAGGUCGAGGGCCUUGUACUACCAAUCGCGGAGACGAAGCUGUAGAGCAGAAGUUGGAAACGAUGCAUUUGAAGGGCAUUUGAAGGGCAUUUAAAAGCAUUGGGGGGCUUGCAGAAUACGGAAGCUCAAUCGCAUGUAGAAAGAUACCAAAAGACAUCGGCUGAAAGAAGUGCCCAAUGUACUCUAAGCCGAAUGCGAGGAUGGCAGGCUUGGUGGGGCCUCAGGAUAGAUCCGUGAAGAAGUUGGAACUGAGGGUGAAUGCACGCCUCAUUUAUUGGUUUGCAGGCACUACUUCAUUUGCGGCAUUCAAAAGCAUAGAAAAGAACAUCCACCAUUGCCUCGGAAGACGAGAGUACCGACUGCGUGGUACCGUACACUUUUG